AUGCACUUUCAUAUUGCAGUUGCCUUUGUUAUUGGUUGGAAGAUGGAAAAAAAUGGUGUUCAUUGUCGUUCUCCAAACAGAGACAGUUCCUUUAUUUCUGGUUGUCAGGAAGAGUCUGGCAGGAUGGAUUCCGAAACAGUUUCUUGGGACCAAAGCGUUGGGUUGGAAGUGGACUUAAGUAGUUUCACCUUAGUGGAGAAUGAAUCUAGCGGCUUUUCACCGAGACAAAGUUGUACCACGGGUAAAUGUGUUGACAGUAGCUCUGCUGGCCAACGUACCUAUGAAAAAACGCUCGUUGACGGUGACAACCAAAACCCUUGCGUUUUGAGGAAUUUUGAUCCAGAUACUUGCUAUUCCUACCGUCGCCUUCCUCCGAACAUAAGGAAGGAGUCCUGUAAUGCUAGCAUCAAAGGCCGCCAGUUUUCCAUUCAAGAGCAAAUUGAAGAACGUGCAGGAAGCAAUGAAGCUCUUUCGAAAUUCCAGGUGGGCAGUGUGAUUUGUAAUUUAAUUUUAAGGCUGGCUUGUAAUUUUUACUCAAGUGUUACUGGGGCAUUAGAAUUUGCGAGCUGGAUGCUUGCUUUUGAGAAAGUAGGACCUCAGUUUCGUUCCAUUGCUUUUAACGAUGGCAGGUUCAGUAGGACGUCGCCAGUAGAAGGAGCGAUGAAUGAUUCAACGUUAGAGGGGACGGAAGUUGAUAGCGAGCAUCGAUAUAAGCGAGACAUCAGUUAUGGCGAGGGUGUUAUCAGCAAACCAAUACUGAGGAACUACCUUGAGAAGACGGCUAUACCAGUGUGUUUUGUUACCGAAGCAAUUUUGUAUACUGAUUUGGUGCUGGAAGAUGGUGAAGUUGUUGUGCUUAAUGUCGGUCCAACCGCUAAAAGAAUGGUCGUUCAGAAGUUUGAAAGAAUAAAAGAUAAAGUGGGUCUUCCGUGUAUGAUCGCUAGCGGCUGUGAGACCGACCAAUAUGAACGGUUGUCAUUACUAAGAAUUGUAAAUAAAGAAACGGAGUCUGUGUCAGCUAACACGAGGGAAUGUUCACUCGAACUUUGUGUUCCAGAUACAAAUUAUAAGAUACAUAUCGGGUUGGGAGGCAUGCCACUUGAGGUACUCUUCCCUAAUGAAUUCUCUUCUAUUUUUGUUGGGGAGGCAGGCCCGAGUGAAUCAGACAAAAGGAUCGAUGAACUGUUUAAUCGCAGUUUUUUUUUGUUGGGUGGAAGCGAUGUUGUCAAAUACAGCCUCAAACCGCAGAACUUGUCGGGGUUCAGCAACCUUUUCAGUUUUGGAUCCAAAGUGGCAGCUAAAGCUGCUGUGACAGUUCUAGUGAAAGACGGAAAGGAAGAAGGAAAUUUCUAUAAGGAGACCAUUUUCAUUUGGCAGGCUGUAGACUACGGGAAGGCACACUUAUUUUGUCGUUUAUCUCGGCUUAUUUGCGAAAUGCUGAGUUAUCAUAAGUUCUGCGUGGGUUUGGCUAUUGCAGAAAAGCCUAACAGAAACAUUGCUGUGGCGAAAAGACCUACGUUUGAAUGUUCCACGAGGUUCGAACUGCAUCUUAAGUGGUGGAGGAGGCCGAGUAAGGGAACUGCAGUGUUCAAGCUUUCGGCUCAGAGCGAGAUUGCGCGUGCUGCAACCGUAUCACUGUUACAAAGUUGUGGGUUUUCUUCACACGAGGUGGUUGGCUUUACUCGCUUUUUUGAUUCUCAAGUUACUGUUAGAAAGAUUUUUUUAGGACUUGAACGACAGGGUGACUUCUCUGAAUUACACGUGGCCGAUCAUAUUGACAAGGAUACAACUUCAGCUAUUAUUAGGAAAAGAGUUACGGAUGUCCUUAUUCGUAACGGGAUUGAAAUUCGUGAUGUCUUUGUAGUACGUGGUAAAGCGUAUCCUCCAGAAUCUGCUAAGUGUCGAGAAAGAUUUGCUAGCCGCAUUACAAAUUAUAUAAAAAAUGCGAUGGAAAGGCAGAGUGUGAGGUACAGUGCGAGUGAGUUCAGCUCGUCAAGUUCCGAGAAUGGUGGUGGUAAGGAGAGUGGGUUGAAUAGUAAAGAGGUCGCUGCUCCACCUUUCACGGUCAGGGUAUUGCCAGUACAGGACGGUCGUGAUUUUCAGAUGAGGGCGGAAAUUGUAUUUGACUCAUAUGAGAAUUUUAUUAAGAUCAGGACGGUGAAGUCAGAAAGCUUCAUUCAGUUUGCCAGAUUUGUUCCCGAGCAGUUGUUUCAUGCAGUGGAGCAGGAUUUGUCUAAACUGGCGGAACGGUUUGGCUUGGUUUUUCACAAACAUGUCAGUUUAGGUCGUGUCUCAGUAGGUUCAAAGAAAGUGGUUUACGUUAAUGGGAAUGAUUUCGAGCAGACCCAUUGGGCAAGGUUGGAAGUAGACCGUUUAAUAGAUGGUGUAUUUAUUGAUUGCUCAUCUAGAGGAAAUAGAAACAGAGCUCUUUUAUCCAAUGUUGGUCAGGAGUUUCUGCAUUUUUUGCAAUUUAAAGCGAAUGGCAAUCUUGUAAUAACCACUCAUUUCUUCAAACGGUCCGUUCAGCUUCAGGGUAACGCUCUUUCUAUCAAGUCGGCGCAGCAGAUGAUACAAGAUUUUUUGGAGAAAACGGGUACUUGGCAUUGGCCAUUUGUAAUCACUGUGGAUGAGCCUUAUUAUAUGAGUGGGACCAUGACUGCUUUUAUGGACCUUGUUGCUACUAAUGCUGUAGGAGUUCUGUAUCGUAGUAAAGUGAGGAUCGAGCCAGAUUUUGGACAACACAAGAUAUAUGUUGACGCUUCUGCGGAGGAUUACCAGAGGGUUUUGCAGAGCUAUUAUGGUAUUGAAAGGGAAGGGUUAGUUAUGAUUACCCUAACUCUUGUUCUAUUUUGCCUGCUGCAGCAUAAUGUUAUGGUGAGGUUUUCACAGAACGCGCUUCGUGAGAUUUCUGAUGAGAUUAGAAAAGAGACUGGCCCCAAAAGAGUGGACCGACUGCCUCCUCAAUGUAUUAUUUGUUUCGAUUUCGUUGAUUCGGCUUGGAUAUGUCUCGAGAACUGCGGCCAUUACGCUUGCAAAGCUUGCUUGUUACACCAAAUAUAUUCUUUGUUGAGUCUACUGGCUUUCCCAAUGAGAUGCGCACUGUGCUGCAGGGCGCUCGCGUUGAAAGACAUAACGGAAGCUUUGCUGGAUGGAGACAAGGUAGACCUAUGGAGUGGCAUCGGACAACUGGACAAUCUCUGGACUAUUUCUAAACCUCUUGAAGUACUCUCAAAUUGUGCACUGUCAUUCUUGCUGAAUCGAAUUUUGAGUACAUAUCGUCACUGUCGAAUCCGAAAUUGCCGUGGAGUGAUUGAGUUGACCGGGGAAGAGCAGUUAGCUUUUUGCGACGUUUGUGGUGCUGCGUACUGCAGGCGUUGUGGUUGUGAAGAGCACCCAAAUGUGACUUGUGAAAUAUACGAACAGAUGAAGAUCAUUGCAAGUUCGUCACAUGGACGUUGGAUGAGGUGGCGGCACAAGGGAAAUCGAGGUGGUCUACAGCUCCUUCCAAAUAAAGGAUGUGAGAGGGAGAAAGGGAGCAGUCAUUUGCAGUGUGAAUAUUACAGAAUGAACUCUUGUCGAGUUUGGUUUACGACGCAGCCGUACGGAAUUUGCGAGGUGAAUGGCGUGCGUUAUUUCGCUUCUGUUGUCGGUGGGUUUCAUGGUGCAGCUACCCAGAAUUCGACGGCAACACUAGCUCAGUGGUUGGGGGCUACUGUGAGGAGUCAAUCCCAAAUUCUGGCUUGCCUGUCGUCUGUGCCCUGCUCAUUAGUUACUGGUUUCCGUGGCGAACGGAUCCCGACCAAUGAAUAUUUUGGUACUGGGUUUGUCGAGUUCAUAUUUUUGCGGGAUAAGCAGUGUAGUGCGUUAACGCUUGCUGAUAUACCCAUUUCUGAUGAUCAUUGUUCUGUGUGGCUCGUGUUCAACGUUGAAGUAACGGAUGACCUUAGACUACAGUGCAGACUUUUUGGAAAGUAUGCUAGUAGUUACCGUAUUGUUGAAGGCGUCAGCUUGGUAGUAUGUAAUACGCAUUAA